CUCUCCUCUAGUUUGCUGUCUUACCAGGAGCUCAGCUCAGCGCACAAAGAUGAACCGUUUUUUAGCAGAUGGCCUUUUUCAUUAUUUCUUUUUUGAACGUAGGAGGAACAUGAAAUAUAUGUUUUUGGUGCCAAUCAUGAAUGUGAACCCAUGGUCUGAAAACUCCAGUACACCCCUCCCAUCCGAACCAUCAGAGACUCCAACCUCUGCAGAAUGGGAAAUGGUCCACACUAUCGUCCCACCAUACAUCUUCACCUUAUCCCUGUUGGGCCUUCUCUUUAACAGCUUUGUCCUGAUGGUGUACUUCCUCCAUAAGGAUCGACUGACUGUAGCGGAGAUCUACCUAAGCAACCUAGCACUGGCUGACUUUAUCCUUUUGUGUGGCCUCCCCUUCUGGGCGAUGAACAUCCUCAACGACUUUGAAUGGCCAUACGGAGAUGCCUUAUGUAAAAUGGUCAACUCCAUCAUCACCAUCAAUUUCUACACGAGCAGCUACACCCUGGUCAUGAUUAGUGUUGACCGUUACCUGGCACUUGUUAAGACCAUGAAGGCAAGAUGGCUGAGACGGAAACUUUAUGCCAAAGUGAUUUGUUUCAUCCUGUGGAUAUUAGGAAUCUUACUGAGCACACCAACCAUUGUCCACAGAAAGGUGAAGUUUAUUGAGGAGUUUCAGAUAAUGGCCUGUAUACUAGAUUACAAUCACGGGAGCUCUUGGAAGUUGGCCAGUCAGAUUCUGAUGAACGUAAUGGGCUUUGCACUCCCUUUUCUGGUCAUUGUCUUCAGCAGUGCCAACAUAAUCAAGGCUUUAGCACAGAGGGAGGAGAGUUUUCAUUAUAUUAAUAAUACAAAGGCCACAAUACUGGUGUAUGCUGUCACACUAUUUUUCUUACUGUGUUGGGGUCCAUUCCAAGUAUUCACCUUCCUUGACAUUCUCUGUGACAUCAAAGCAUUGGAUGAGAUGCUGUGGUUCCACACACUCGAUAUAGGAGCACAGGUUUCAGUAUACCUGGCCUUUCUCAACAGUACUUUGAACCCACUGCUUUAUGUCCUCUCAGGACAGUCCUUUAGGAGGAAAGUUAGUGCCAUCUACAGGAGGACUAAAUAUCAUCGCAGAGGAUCAGACAUGACAACAUAUCAACGUUCUGUUGUGUCAACUUACAUUAACAGAGCAGAGCAAAUUAGGACUGUGGUCAUUUUUAGUGGAAAUGAUAUGUUGUGACUCUUAAUGAUUAUUAAGAGUGAUAUGAUAAUUAUAUGCUCAACUUCUGUUGCUCCAUAUGGAAAUGCAGGAUAUGAGUCACAAAUUGUUAUUUCAUGAAACACAAUAAUAAUGCUCUCACAUGGUUAAACAACACUAUCAGAGGAUGUGCGCAAGUAAUGGACAGAAUCAGAGAUAAUGGACAUAAUCUGGAAAAGCAAUGGAGGCACAGUUUACAACACCCACAAAAACACUUGUAAACAGGAUCUGUCUCUGUGAGCUGUUACAUUGCAUUACUGUUGCUUACUUUGGAUGUUUUAAUGUUAAACAUGCAAAUCAAAACCAGCCUUUUUUUUAGCCAUUUAUUUGUCUUCGACUGUCUUUUGUUGUUGUUGUUUUUUUAUCUUGACUCCACAAUUUACACUCUGCCACCUGUGCACCACGGGUGUACAUUGUGUACAUCUACAUUGUGUAGUACAUCUUGGCAUGUAAAUGCAUGUUAUGUAAGUUUCUCUUUGAUAUCAGUACUCAUUACUACAGGAUAAUUUGUGUAAUUAACUCAAAUGAACAGCUGACAUACUAUAAUAAAUGAUAAAAACAUUAAUCCUGAAUGCUAAGACAUGACAGCUCUCCUUAAAACAAAAAAUAAAACAUAAAAACAUUGUUCAGUCAGAGCAGACUCACAUUAUCACUUUUGAGUAUUUCAUUUUUGCACACUUUAAAUUGCAUACAUUAUUGAGUAUAACUCUGGCAGGGUCUUAAUCUAAAAGUCUUGUCUUUGCCAAAGUUUGCCAGUGGUUCUUACCUUACUGCAUAAAUGAAACAAUACUCCACAGUGUCUCAGUGACAUUACAGUUGGGUGUGGAUAGUUACUGUACUGAUUGUAUUAUUGAAAAUUUUAAUGUGCAAAGUUUCUUGCUUGACAUCUAACAAACGAAAGUAAAUCUAAGUAAGCAAUGUCAUGUAGUGUAUAACAUGUGUCAGCCAACUGGUCUGCUUCAUGUUCAAACUUGACUUGUUUCCACAACCAGAGUUAAUUACUUUGCUCUGGCCUGGUUUAAUCUUGUUAUUCUUGCUCAUGCCAUUUCCUCAGCUUGCUACGCCUUUUAUUGUCUCUUUGAAAAUACUCAAGACUA